GUGUUGUAGAUUUGUGUUUAUCAAUGUGUAAAUAGGCCGAUCUGGUCUGCUUUAUGGUGAAAAAUUCGGCACAUUGUGUGAAAAUGCGGCCAGCCCGGCAAGUCCCGGUGUCCAGUCGAGAGGAUGCUGCAAUAAAUAAUGCAAUGUUUAACUAUUAAUACUGGCAGCAGAUAGAACUCUGCCCGGAAUACAUAUUUGAGCAGCACCCCUGGGGGUCACUUCACUGCCCCAAAAACGAAGCCAUAUCCACAAAAUGCAGGCUAAAAAGCGCUACAUCCUGGUGAUAAUCUGCUGCGCCUUUCUGGCGUAUUGCUACUUUGGCGGGUACCGGCUCAAAUGGCUCCAGAAGCUGUUCGCCAUCAGCGUCCGCCGGAAUCCCUCCAAACUACCGCCAUAUCAUCAGCUGCACUACCAGUUCCCGGACGAUCCGGCCGCCACAAGUCCAAGCACUGUACCGGACGACGGCCUGUUUGCCCAUCCCCUGUUCGAGUCCAAAUACAUCGGGGACUUCCAGCCGACUCCGUUCCACACCUGUCGGAUGGAGACCUGCUUCGACUAUAGCAAGUGUUCCGAUCGGAACUUUCUAGUCUACGUGUACCCGCCGGAACCGCUCAACUCGCUAGGAGCGCCUCCCCCGACCAGUGCAAACUACCAGAAAAUAAUCUCCGCCAUCCAGGAGAGCCGCUACUACACCCAAGACCCAGAGAAGGCAUGUCUAUUCGUGCUAGGAAUAGACACCCUGGACCGGGACUCCCUAAGUGAAGACUACGUUAGGAAUGUCCCCUCGAGGCUCCAACGGCUCCCGCACUGGAACAACGGGCGCAACCACAUCAUCUUCAACCUGUACUCCGGAACGUGGCCGGACUACAACGAGAACGGCCUAGGGUUUGACCCCGGGAUGGCGAUACUGGCCAAGGCCAGUAUGAGCGUGCAGUCGUUGAGGCCGAACUUUGACGUGAGCAUUCCGCUGUUUCACAAGCAGUUUCCGCUGCGCGGUGGCAACACCGGCUUCGUGGCGAGCAACAACUUUCCGGCGAACAAAAAGUAUCUGCUGGCGUUUAAGGGAAAAAGAUACGUCCACGGCAUUGGGUCGGAAACGAGAAACUCGUUGUUCCACCUGCACAACGCCCGGGACCUGGUGCUGGUGACGACCUGCCGGCACGGGAAAAGCUGGCGGGAUCUGCAGGACGCGCGGUGCGACGAGGACAAUCGCGAGUAUGACAGAUACGACUACGAGACUUUAUUACAAAAUUCAACAUUUUGCCUUGUGCCGAGAGGACGUCGUCUAGGAUCGUUUAGGUUCCUCGAAGCGCUCCAGGCCGGUUGCAUCCCGGUGCUGCUGUCCAACUCGUGGGUGUUGCCGUUCCAGUCGAAAAUCGACUGGAAGCAGGCAGCGAUCUGGGCCGAUGAAAGACUGUUAUUGCAGGUGCCGGACAUUGUUCGUUCGAUCUCCGCCAGCCGAAUCCUAGCUUUACGUCAACAAACUCAAGUGCUUUGGGAGCGUUAUUUUAGUUCCAUUGAGAAAAUAGUUUUUACUACGUUUGAGAUAAUUCGAGAGAGACUGCCAGACUAUCCGCACCGGAACGGGCUGGUGUGGAACCAGUCGCCCGGGGCGCUGCUCACCAUUCCGACCUUCGCGGACACCCCGCGCCGGCUUCCGUUCCUGCUGGAUCCGGUGGGCCAGCGGCCGGGUUCGAACUACACGGCCGUCAUCUUCGUCCAGAUUGGGGCCGCCCAGCUGUCACCAAAUACCGCCCUGUACAAGCUAGUCAGAUCCAUCACCAAAAGCCAAUUCGUAGAUAAGAUUCUAAUCCUGUGGGCGUGUGACAGGCCGGCGCCGACCCGGAAGCGGUGGCCACCGACCGGGCACAUCCCGCUGCACGUGAUCCCGGGCGGUUCGAGUGAGGAUCGGCCCAGCAUAUCCCAAAGAUUCUUCCCGCACGAGCAGAUCGAGACGGACGCGGUGCUGUCGUUGGACGAGGACGCCAUCCUGAACACCGACGAGCUGGACUUUGCGUACCAGGUGUGGCAGGACUUCCCCGACCGGAUCGUGGGCUAUCCGGCGAGGGCGCACUUUUGGGAUGAUUCCAAGAACGCCUGGGGCUACACGUCCAAGUGGACCAACUACUACUCGAUCGUGCUGACGGGGGCGGCGUUCUACCACCGGUACUACAACUAUCUGUACACCAACUGGCUGUCCUAUCUACUGCUGAAAACCGUUCAGCAAAGCUCCAACUGCGAGGACAUCCUGAUGAAUCUGCUGGUGUCACACGUCACCCGAAAGCCCCCCAUCAAGGUGACCCAGCGGAAGGGGUACAAGGAUCGCGAAAGCGGGAGAUCCCCCUGGAACGAUCCGGACCACUUCAUUCAGCGACAAAGUUGUCUCAACACGUUCGCAGCCGUGUUCGGGUACAUGCCGCUGCUGCGCUCGAACCUGCGGCUCGACCCCGUCCUGUACCGCGACUCGGUGUCCAACCUGAGGAAAAAGUACCGCCAGAUCGAGCUGGUCGGCAGCUAGCGAACGGUGUACAGCUACUAAGAGGAGCAGUCUAAGUCUUAGUCUCGAGAAGAAGAUCCAAAAAACGCACACUGACGCGGUCCUUGUUGUCUUCCGGGGUUUUUAUCCCUGUUGGAAAAAAGGACCAAGCGAAACAUUCUAGGCCAUCUAGUGGAGCAUUUUUUUUAAGGAGAAGGAGAAGAAAACAAUUCCUAUUUUGUAAUUAGUGGUACGUUUCUUAAUUUUAGAAGAAAAAAAAAGCAAGCAGAACAAGUCGAUAAGCAAUUUUUCCGUUACAAUCGAAGCAAAAGGAAGCAUCGUGUACAGAGACUAGAACAAUUGAAAAGGGCAACCAAUGUUAAGCAAAAACAAAUAAGAGAUAGUUGUUUGUUGUAGCUAAGCUUAAUCGGUUCAUCGCAAAACAAAACAAAACAAAAAUCAUGUUUGUAAAUAGGCAAUCUGUUAGGCAAUUAGAUAAAAGAAAAAGCAUUGACGAAAUUCGAAGCAUGAACGAACGAGGACGUUUUAUCCCAAAAUAGUGCGAUAAGUAGGACAAACAAAAAAUCAAAUCAAAUCAAUCCGCAAGCAUCAGAUCGAGAAAAAAAACGUUACUUAAGUGUAGUUUCGUUGUGUUUUGUAAAAACGUAACUGCAAAGUGACGAAAACGGAAAAAAGCUGUUAAUAGAAGAAGUCACUGACUGGGAAGGAAAGGAAGUGGAGGAAAGGAAAAAAUCGUGAUCUGAGCAUAAGAAGAGAAAAUGAAGGAAUGAUUGAGGGGGUGUUUUAUACGGAAGGUAGCUGUAAGGUUAGGAACAAAAACAGAUGAAGGAGAUUAAAGCAAAUAUAUUUUGUAAACUGCAACUGGUCAUAAAGAUGUAAGCUAAUUCUCUCAUUUCCAAAACUUAAAUGGACUGAAAAAUCUUUCUUACUUUUAAUCUUAUACAGUUUUCCAUGAUUUAAACACAAUGAAUGCUGAUGAUCAAUUCUGUCUCAUUUCACAAAAAAAUAAAAAUAAGAAUCUGGUAGAUAUUUGUUUUGCAAUGCAUACUGGAAUACGAUUUAAAAUAUCCUAAUAACGUUCAAAAAAUGAUUCAAUUUCAUCAUACCUUGGUUUUUAUUAACUUUUUUAUAUUCCAUAAAAAAAAAACAAAUUUGAUACCCACAAUACGUAAAAACUGAACAAAAAUUAAAAAAAAAAUAUCUGCUAUACUUAUAUUCUUUUCCUUUUCCUAAUUUUAUUUCCAAAAAAUCCAAAAAAUUAUAUCAAAUCACGUAUCGAUGUCUCUGCUCUUUUGUUCUUAGCUUGAUGGUUUUCCUAUUCAGUUAGCAUAAGAGAGCUCAGAGGCAUCGAGAUAUCAAACAAUAUAUUUUUCAUCGAUGUUAUCGUCUAUAUUCAAACUUAAAAUACAGAUCGAAAAGACCAAAGGACACUGAACUGAUUUCCCAAAAUGGAUUUAUUUGUAUUAUCUUUAUUUGACUCAAACUUUGUGAAGACCUUCCCUAUAUCACAAUAGAUCACCCAUACAAGUCUUCAUAAAAUUUGGCAGCUGUCGAUGCAAAAAAAAUACGUAAAUAUUCGAAAUUAUGUAUCAUUUGAAGGAAUUUUCUGAUUGUUUGAGUAUCUUCGGAAAAGUUGAAAGUAUUUUUAAGGACAAUAUUAAGAAAUUUAAGUUUUACUGAAAAAAAUGCCGAUUUUCAAUUGUUUAUUUUUUUACAAAGACAUUACACAAAAUCUUUGUUUUAUUGACAAAAAUGUAAUGUUUAAUUUAAUGAAAAAACGAUAUUUGUGAAAAUUUUAAUAAAAACAAAUAUAAUUUGGAGUGAAAAUAUAUGCCAAAUUUCGCUUCAUUUAGAAUUAUAAAAAUUGAGGAUUUUCGCAAAAAUACGGUAUUUAAUGAAAAUUUUAGUAUCCAACAAGGAAUAUUUAAAAAUUUCACUUCGUAUAAAAACUUUAUUGCUAGGAAUGAAAUUUUGUAUUUGUUAAAAUUUUAGUAUUUUAUAACAACAAACUGUAAUCAGCAAAACUGCAUACAAAAUUUCGCUUCGUUUGAUACCCGUAUUUCAAAUUAUGAGAAUUCGAUUUUUUUUUCGGAAAAUAAAGUAUUUUGUGAACAUUUUAGAAUUUUAACAAAAAUAUCAAAUAAUAGUGAAAAAGCAUACACAAUUUUGCUUCGUAUGAUACCCAUAUUACAAAUUAUUAAAAUUUCAGUAUUUCGAAAAAAAAAUUCUCAUAAAAGUACGAAACAUACAAAAUAUCGCUUUGUUUGAUACCCAUGUUACGAUUUAUAAAAAUUUGAAUAUAUUCAAAAAUUUCGAAAUUUUGUGCAUUUUUUGAGUUUUUUUCUUUGAAACAUACUACAUUAUUUAAAAAUAUAUUCUUAGUGAAUGUAUUUUUUUAAUUUUUGAUUUUUUAGGGGACAAAAAACCGGCACUUUUAAGUUAUUCAGAAUUAUGGACGAAAAUUUUGCUAACGAGUUAUAAUUCUAUUUUGAAAUAGUGAUUUUUGUAAAAAAAAAUGAAUUGUUGUACUUAAAAAAAAAGACCUCACUUUUUUAAGCAAAUUUGAAUUUGCAAUCGAAAAUUACCUCUCAUUUUUUUGGUUAAGUGCACCGUUUUCUAUAUGAAGCCAUUCAAAGUUAAAUUUUGUCCGAUAAAUUCCUAUUUUUUGACUUUUUAAAAUAAUUUCCAUGAUUGCCCAUUUCUUGAAAAAUAUUUUUAUCGAAAAGUUCAGAAAAUUUCCUACAAUUUUGUCUCAGAAACAUUGGUUGCUGAGAUACAGCGGCAUGAAGAAAAAGGAAAAGGAAAAUUAAAUUUUCUAAGUCUUUUCCAAAUAACCCUCCAAUCUCAGCAACUAAAGGUCCGAUUUUCGAAGUUCAAAAAUUAAACUUUCAUGAAAUUUUACGAUCUUUUCGAAAACUAUAUUUUCAAAGAAAACAAAACUAGCAAUUCAAAAGGGCGCAAUAUUUUUGAAAAUUAAUAACUUGUCGACAAAAUUUUGGUUCAUACUACUCAAUGGCUUAAAAAAUGCGGGGUUUUGUCCCCAAAAAAAUAUUCAAAAGAUUUCAAAAAUUAAAUAUACGGAUUUUGGGAGAUUGAUUUUUUGUAAAUAAAUGGUAAUUAAAAAAUCACAACAAAAAAAUCCUAAAAAUAUGAAAACUGUAAUAAAAUGCCAUUGUUUCAACAUUUAAUUGAAAAAAAUAUUGGACUUUAAAAGAUCUUCAAGAAUCAAACUUAAAGAUUAACUAUAAUAUUAAUAAUACAUUUGAAACCAAGUUUUGAAAUUACUUGUUAUUUUAUCAACAAGUUUAUUUUUGUGAAAUGAGACAAAACGAUCAAAAGCAUACUUUCCACUAAAGCAACUCAAAAUACUGACGCAGCUAUUAAGUUUACAAAGCAAAUCACAUGCCAAGCAGUUUUCAAAAAUCUACCAUGGCCAGUCAACCAAGCACGUGUCGUGAAGAUUCCAAACAAAAAAAGGUUCACACUGACUGACAUCCAUAUUUCCAAAAACAAGCGCCAUCAAAGCCAUUCUCGCGAAAUCUUGAAAAGAUUUUCUCGCGCUAGAAAACCCAGUUAAAGAUAGUAAAAGCAAUCAAACUGAAGCCUAGUUAUGUUUCAAACAAACACACAUCUUUUUAUAUUCUUGAAAGCAGCUGUAAAUAUUUCUACUGUGACAUAAGGUUAGCUUUUUUAAAACUAAUUUUCAACUCAGUAGCCGCAGUGUUCGAAGGCCAAAACGAUUUUUACCUUUUUUUGAUUUGCGUGAAUGAAAUUUUGACGAGUGAUUUUUUUACCCGAGCGCAAAUAAGUUUGCUUCAGUGGAAGUGGAAUGAAAAUGAACGCGAGCAAGAGAGGCAGAGUAAUAAGAGAAACAAAAUGGUGCCGUUUGAUACGAUUAGUAAGUAGGUAAUUAUUAACGAAAUUAAAUUAAAGAAAGUGUAGUUAAAACAAUGAAAGUGAAAACAAUAAGCGGUAAGGUGAGCAACGUGGAAAGUAACUCGAGGAGAUUUCACGAAUCAAAAAAGAAUCACAAAGGAAGUUAAAGUCGGAAAAUGUUUGGGCAGAGUUUAAAACAAGGAUAAUCAAGAGAGAGGAGGAAAAAAAUGGCGAAAAAACACUGGACGUCUUCCAAUCAGCCGUCUUUCAGUUGAGUUUACGAUAGUUAAGGUUGGAAAUGGUGAAACUCCAAUCACAAAAAAAAGCAUAAAUUGCAGAGUCCAAAAGAAAAACCAACCACAAACACUAAAGAAAAAAAAACAAAUCAAUUCAAAUCCAUAUCUAGUCUUGGCUGCGGCCCGCCAAGGUUGAAACCGAAACUGCAAUAAACUGAACAAAACAAAACUGUUGUAACCUAGUGAAAACUCUAACCUAUAAAUCAAAACAAACCGAUCAAGCUUACUGUGGACGAUAUUCUGUGGAAAAAUCAACUUUUUAAAAACGAAGAAAUACCAGAAAAUAAACUCAUGCUUAGCUUGUAAUAGAAACGAUUGACGAUCGAUGUACUCAUUUCUGGGUGUAACAAAAAAAAACAGUUUUGAACUGAGCCGAACCUAACCUAGAAACUGUGUAGAGACUCAUUUUGGAUAUGCAAUGCUGAAAGAAAAAAGACUUUCUUUUUAAUAAAUCUUGAAACCCCCGACCAAAACCAGUAUCCUUAAAGUGUAACAAUAACCCGCAACUUUUCCAUUGAAUAAAAAUCAUACUUCAAAUCAGCAGUCCAUUCACCAAACUUCAAAAAUCACAGAAAUGCAAAUGAAAUUGUUCCAACCUUUGUCUUUUUUUUCAGGCAUGUUCACAACAUCAAAUAAACAUUUCCAUCAAAUCGCAGCAGGCGAAAAAUAUAAUAAAAAUUGGAUUCCCUCAAGCAAUGAAAAAAAAUGUGAAGCCUGCUUUGAUUGAUUGUCACCACGUGGUUGUUGUGACGCCCCGCCUUCAGCCGAACGCGAUUUGAUUGACAUGAUUUUGCAAUCAGUUGAGGUGGAAAACAUAAUUACAUAAAAAAAUCGUGAUUUAUUUUUACACACAAUGUUUUUUGUGAUGCUGUAGCGCCGAAGGCAAUCGAGGCAUUUCGAUGUAUGACGUGGGAGAAUUUUUGUUUUGGAACAGAGUCACAGAGUUAAUCUGAAAUUUUUUAUUGCAAUGAUUUGAUUUAUUUAUAUACUUAAAAAUUUGCAAAAAAUUCAAUAUUUUAUAAGGUCUGGAAAAAGUUUACUUUUCAGGCUAAAGCAUGGAGCAUUUUUUAUGCACAUUAUACUUUAUAAAGUUACUAAACAUUGGCCCGAGUUAUCAAAAUCCACAAAAAAAUACUUUAAAAAUAAAAAUUGCAUUUUGUGAUGGUUUUAAAUCAAAGUUUUGAAGUUUACUAUUUCAAAAUCAAUUGAUUCGCUUUUGCAAACAUUUCUAUUUAUGUUUCCAAUAUAUUACUUCAAAUUGUGUCAUAAAGAUAUAAGAGCGCAAUUCUCAACGUUUUCACAAAUCAUUGGUCAUCAUUGGUUUCUCCAUACAAACUUGAGAGCGUCCAUAUAAAAGUGGUCUGAAAACGUUCUUAUCGAUUUGGUAUCUUCGGCAAUGUUGUAGGUUAUGAAUAAAACAUUUCAGGAAAAAAUAGAGCACACGAGAAAUAAAACUCUCAUUUUUUCGUUUAAUUUUAUGUUACGAUUUUUUUUCAUUUUUAUAUGUUUCAGUUCGACGUCGUCGUGCUAUCUUGUCGCACCCGCCAUUUUGACGUUCCGAGAAAAACGCGUUUUAAUGUUUGUUAUGUAAACAAUAACAAACACGUUUUGUUUGGCUGACCAUUCUGUGCAUUGUCCCGAAGUUUGGUUGAAGUUGGUUGCUGGAGUCCCGAGUUAUAAUUACAAAUGUUUACGGUAGUCUAGCUUGUACGUGCGACAAACGCAUCCUGACUUUCCUGGCCUGAAAUCCCUUUGGCCUUUUGUCGCACUUACAUCAAUUUUCAUGGAGUGACAAGAUAGCACGACAAGAUUGAAACUACUUUCAUAUGUAAAGUGACAAAAAUGCACGGAGUUUUUUCGGUUUUUGUUGAAUAUCUCAGGAUUGAAAUCGAAUUUUGGGGAUCUGUGAAGGUCAAAAGGUGAGGCAUUGUGAGCUGCACAAAAUGGCGUUCUUAACUCAAUUUGGCCCAAAAUGCACGUACGACAAGUUAGCACGAUGGCGACGAGUUGUCAACUCGAUGUCUUUGUGCUCUCUUAUACUGAGCUUUCUGGAAUUCCUAUCUAGUUAGCAUAAGAAAGUACAGAGGCAUCGGUCGUUGGAGGACUUUUUUAUUACGGCCAAUUAUGAUUUUUUGAAAAAAGUGGUUUUUAAGUAAUUCAUAAAAAAACACACUUUGAUUACCGUAAACUGGGGUGACUUUGAUAGCCCGGGGUGACAUUGAUAGAAAUUCGAUUUGGCCACUAAUUUUGAUACAUUCAAUGUAUCUGUCACAUUUUUGCAUAUAUGUUCGAUAAUAAGCUAUCCCUUAAUGGUUACAUAAUCAAAAUUCUCAGAAAUGUUUAAAUAUUAAUUUAACGGGCAUUUCAAAAACCUAUCAAAGUCACCUCAGUUUACUUUUUUUUUCUUUUUCGUGCACCGUUUUUGAGUUAAAACCAAUUUUAAACAAAAUCAUUCUAAAAAAAUAUAUUUAAAAAUUUUGAUAUAAUUUUCAGCAUUGUACAUUUCUAAAAUAAAUAUUUUCAAUAAGCUGAGGAAUUUCUCCACAUUUUUUCAAAUACAAUCUGACCUUUGCACUAUGGACGAAUUCCAUACAAGCAGGUGGCCAAAAAUCCAAAUCGUUAUUUCUAGUGAUAAAUGUAUAAUUUUCAAGUCGUAGAUGGAUCAGGAGUCGUUUCUUUGUUCCAAAUGUUUACUAUCAACUAACAUCGGCGAAAAAAAUGUCCAAAGAUGUAACAUUUUGUAUUUUUGGCCACCUGCUAGCCCAUAGUGCAUUAUUCUAAGUUCUACUCAAUUAGCUCUCAUGUUUUCAAAUCGACGAUAUCUUGGAAAAUAUUCAUCCGAUUUUGAAUGUCUAAAAAUUCAAACUUUGCAAAAUUUUCUCAUAUCAUCAAAAAAAUUCAAAUUUAAUUAAAGCAAUUUCAAAAUUACGACUGACAUUCUGAAAAGGCUCAAUAAUAAUGUUUAUUCAUUUAGACAUUUGAAAAUAUUUAAACUCUAUGAAAGACACUAUUUCAGGAAUUAGGCCGAUGCAAAUAUUUUUCAAAGUUUUUGUCGAGGUCGAGGGAAAAAGGUUUUUUAAAAAGCAUUUUACACUAGAACAGUUGUUUUGCAAUCAUUAGUUUUCAAAAAAUGUAAGAUUUGACGAAAACAAAAAUUUUAGCGGAAAAUAAAACAUUUUGCGAUAAUAAACAUCGAAAAUUUUCAAAAAUUCAAGAGAUUUUUAAAUCAACCCAAACAUGCUAAAAAUGAUUCUAAACGCAGAGGAAUGCAUUUUAAAUUGAUUCCAGCUGAUUGCAGCUGAUUUCUAUUGAAAUUUUGAAGUUUUUCGAAACAAUUUUUCUUGCCCCCUGAUUUUUCGGGCCAGCUUUGAAGGGGGGAAGACAAAAACUUUAAAUAAAAUUUGUUCCAGCCUUAGAAAAAAUACAUAUUUUUCAAAAAAAUUGAUCAUAUUUUUAAAGAAAAAUUUCACCCAUUAUUUAAUGUUCAUAACUUUUUAACGGUGCAUUUAAUCAGAAUCAUUUCACCAAUCUUUGUUUUUAAUUGAAUUUUACAUCCAAAAAUGAUUUCUGAAAAAAACUAGUGUUUUUUUUUCGUAACAUAUUUUCAUAAAAUAUAAAAGUGCGUGCACUUUUGGUACCUUAAGAAAACAAAUGAAAAAUACACGAAGAUCGUAUUGUUUUCAACGACAUCAACAACAGAUUUUUUUUCGAGUAUCAUUUUUUUCUGAAAAGUCUAAAAAACAACCUAAAACUUUGCUGAACAAACCAAAUUGGUCAGCUUCCAAGUUUGUAUUGUGACUUGUAUGGUAAAAAAGAUGUACAAUGGCUUUUUUGAACAUAAGAAAUCAUAAAAAAAGAAGUUUCAUAAAAAAAAAAACUAAAAAGUCUUUUUGCGAAAACGUAGAAAAUUGCUUUAUAGCUUAUAAAAAAAACAUAUGCGAAAAUUGUUAAUUUGAAGAAUGUGGGAUAAAAAAAACUAUAAUGGUCUUUUCAUAUGUAUUAGAAUAUCUACUUUCCCUUUUUGAAUUAAAUAACAACCCAACAAAUAUCUGGAGCAACACGAGAAAAGGGCGGAUAAGCAUUUUGACAGCUAGAACUAUUUUGCAAAUUCCGAGACAACAGGUAACUUUUUCGUAAAACUCGAUGUGUUAAACAAUAGCUGGCCUUCCCAGCAACCUUCUAACGGUGCGGGUUUUGUUAAAUAGUAACCUGUUGGCUCGGAAUUUGCAAAAUAGUCCUAGCUGUCAAAAUGCUUAUGCGCCCUUUUCAAAUGUUGCUCCAGAUAUGUUAUGUAUUUGUAUGUUUUUCCAUGUAUUUUUGCCUGCUCAAUCUAAAUCUUCGCUCAGAAUUGAACCAAAGUGUCAGAAAAUCGAUUUUUGGUCAUUUUUUGGGUUUCUAUGUAAAAUUAUCAUAAAACCCAAAAUGUUGGUGUUUUCGACAAAGUUGCUUGAUUUGGCGUGCCCAGUAAUUUUUUAGAAGACGAAAAAAUUCCCAAACAUAGAUUUUCAAAAUUACUUUAAUCGUAAACCACCCUAAUUUUGAACCAAACCAAAAGUUACCCUUUUCCAUUUGCAACAACUCUUCUGAAGACACCAAAGCUCCAAAACUUCAGCAUUUUUCGGAAAAUCCAUUUUCACUUAAUUUUGCGUUCUGGACCACUGUGCAAUGGUAUGCUGAGAAAAUAUGACGUAAUUAAGCGCAAAACCUUAUGCGUAUCUGCCUUCGUUGAUUUUUGGUCGAAUUUACACAAUAACAAAAAUCUGAUUUUAGCUUUUCCGAAUUACUUUUAUGGAUAUCCACAAUAAUGAUGAAAAAUAAAUUCUUUAUUCAUUGGGACAAAAUUUCAUAUCGAGAAUGAAUUUUCUAGAAUAAAAAGUACGAAAAUCAUAAUAACCCUUCAUUGCUUGUUUUUAUUUAUUUUCCUUGCUUGACUUUAAAAAAAGAUUUGUUUUAUUUGAAGAAGACUUGAAGAAGAUAGCAAUAAAAAUCACUAUCGAUCAAUCAUUUUCUCUCCCACAUUCAACAAGCAAUUUCGUUUGCAUUCCUACGAAGCCGAUCCACUUGAAGUUCCGUCCCCAUCACUCAUCCUCAGAACGAGCCUUCACAACUGAUUCAUCGCCAGCACCAUGCACAACAGCCUCUCACCCUUAUCUGUCUCCCACGAGUCCUUAUCAUUUCAUUAACCCUUAUUUGUCUCCCUCCCUUCAACAAACCAGUUAGCAAGAUCCACGUCAUCCCACAAAGAGAAAAAGGCUAGAUCUCACUCAGAGAAAAAAGCAAAGCCAAUCCAGGUUAUCAUCAUAAGAAUAUCAAAAUGCAAUUAUUAUCAAGCAAGCAAGCAAACUAUCGUAAAUCAACUGGUUCUUUUUUAUCAUUCAUCAUCAGCAGCAGCACACUCAGCCUGUUAGCAGCUAUCUCUCGCACCCAACACAACCACUCAUCGAUGCAAAUUUCAUCUCGAAACACGACUUUCACGACAACCACACCGAGAAAAAAAAUGGGUCACGAAAUAGCUACAAAGCUGACCCAAAUCAACCAAACACAUAUAUCACUCUCGAAGGAUAACGUAAGAAAAUAGACA